UGAUGACUACAACAAGGUACCACCCCUUGAUCCAGAAAAACUGAAAAUCUUCAACACGGUGGAGGAGAUUACAGACUUCCUCAACAUCCAGUCGUGGCCUGCAAGCAUGUCUGACCUGUCAGUCUUCUCCAACCUCCAAACAAUUCAGGGAAGAAAACUUUACAAAGGAGUGAUUAGUAAAAGGAGCUAUGCACUCAUGGUGGUUAAGAUCAAUUCUCUGACCUCGCUGGGGUUGCGCUCACUGCAAAACAUAAAUGAUGGUGCCGUGUACAUUAAAGGAAACAAGAAUCUCUGCUAUCAUGAUACUGUCAACUGGACACGGCUUUUAGGCUCCCGUCCACAGAAACGUUCAAAGCUCUUAGACAUCACCAACAACCAAAAGAAGGAUGAAUGUGUUAAAGAGAAGCACGUGUGUCACCCGCUGUGCUCCUCUGAUGGCUGCUGGGGUCCGGGCCCAGACCAGUGUGUCAGCUGUAAGAAAUACAGCAGGGGAGGAACCUGUGUACCAGACUGCAUGUUCUUAACUGGGAAGCAGAGGGAGUUUGCUACUAAGUCAGGGGAGUGUCUGCCCUGUCACCCUGAGUGUAAGGUCCAGGAGGGGAAGGAGACGUGCACAGGCCCGGGAGCAAAUAAAUGUCUAGCUUGUGCCAGCCUGAAAGAUGGCCCACACUGUGUCUCCAUGUGUCCUGAGGGUGUUAUGGGGCAGGAGGGAACCAUCUUUAAAUAUCCAGACAAGGAGGGCAACUGUAAACCUUGCCACAACAACUGUACCCAGAGGUGCACCGGUCCAGGAAUCGGGGACUGUACAAUAUCAUCUAGGUACAUUUCAGGGCAAAUGACCACGGCUAUCGUACUGGGAGUGAUUGCCCUCAUCUUUGCUUCCUUCUCCAUUUUCGUGCUAAGUAUUCUCUACCGCCGAAGUCUCGCUAUUCGUCGCAAGCGCGCCAUGAGAAGAUACAUGAUGAAUAGCGAAAGUUUUGAGCCCCUGGAAGAUAAAGGGACAAAAUAUGAAGCUCGGACCCUUAAACCUACAGAGCUGCGUAAGAUCAGGCUGCUGGGUAAUGGAGUGUUUGGAUCAGUCCAUAAGGGCGUUUGGAUUCCUGAAGGCGACACAGUGAAGCUUCCUGUGGCCAUUAAGACGAUUGAUGACCGCAGUGGUCGUCGGAAAUUCUCUGGAGUGACCGAUCACAUGAGGACGAUGGCAAGUCUGAACCACAUUAACGUUGUCAGGACCCUGGGUAUCUGUCCCGGUGACAGCCUUCAACUUGUUAUCCCGCUCAACAGGCAAGGCUCGCUGCUGGCACACGUAAAGAAAAAUAAGGGCAAGCUCAGCCCACAGAGGCUGCUCAACUGGUGUGUUCAAAUUGCAAAGGGUAUGAAUUACCUGGAAGAGAACAGGAUGGUUCACAGGAAUCUGGCUGCCAGAAAUGUACUCCUGAAUGAUAAUUUCACUGCCCAGGUUUCAGACUAUGGCAUUGCAGACCUGCUCUACUCUGAUGACAAGAAGUACUAUUGCAACGAGCCCAAGACACCAAUCAGGUGGAUGGCCCUGGAGAGCAUCUUGUUUCGCAGAUACACUCAUCAGAGCGAUGUUUGGAGUUAUGGUGUGACAAUAUGGGAAAUGAUGUCUUAUGGAGCAGAGCCGUAUUCAACGAUGCGACCACAGGAGGUUCCCGAUCUGCUGGAAAAGGGCGAGCGUUUGCCCCAGCCUCAAAUUUGCACCAUAGAUGUCUAUAUGGUCAUGGUUAAGUGUUGGAUGAUUGAUGAGAAUGUCCGUCCAACAUUCAAGGAGCUGGCGAGUGAAUUUACCAGAAUGGCCAGAGACCCACCUCGCUACUUGGUGAUCAAAGAGGACUGUAGCCAACAGGACUCAUCCCCAGAUGAACCCGUCCAACGAAGUGCAGACCUGGAUGACUUGGAUGAUGUAGAUGUCAACCUUGAGGACCCGUUGGCAGAUGAGAAAGAAGAUGACUUGUCUCCAGCCAACUACUACAUGGCAAAAAGUCUCAAUCGUUACUCUAGGAUGGACACUCCCAAAGUGAUUCUUAAUUCAUCCAGCGGAACUGGAUACCUGCCCAUGACCUCAGGUGUUGACAACCAUACACAGGCGAUGUGGCAGUCACGCUCUCGGCUAAAUUCUGCCCGUACUGUGUCCGAGAGCUCGGAAGGCUGCGGCACUGGAAUGGAGAUGGAGAUGGGUGAGGACUUCCCCUUAGCAGGGAGCCUGAAAAGAAGACGUCAUCGUGAGGACAGCGCUUACGUGUCGCAGAGAGACAGCAUGUCCGGCGGGCCACCUGAGACUCCCUCACCAGAGAUGGAAGAAGAAGAUCAAAACGGAUAUGUGCUUCCUGGAGGGAGCCCGGAGAGAGAUACGUUGCUUUUCUCAUCGCGAGCUGCUCCUGGGAGGAUGGGAAAGUCUCGUUCAUCAGAGCUCCUGGACGACCCAGAUGAUGAAGAAUACGAGUACAUGAACAAGCAGGUGUGUUUAACACCUGUAUCACUCAGGCAAGGCAGCCAGUGGCUGAAGCCGAACAAGAAGCGAACCUCUUCAAUGUCAUCACACGUGACAGCGUCCUCAUGUGACACCGGUGUGUCGGUGGAGGUCAGGGGAAGCUACACCAGGAGCAAGGACAACUCUGACUCCGAGCAGCAGGGUUCCAGUGAAGUUGAGUAUGAAUACAUGGACAUCAGAGGCGGUGAAAAGCUGGAAGGUCCGCCAGUACGUGACCCUCCUCCUCCUCCAGCUCCUGUGAGGAUGAGCAGCAAGGUGGAAGAGGAGGAGGAUGAAUACGUGGAGGACGGUAACUAUCAUUACACAAACAGGCAGCCAAAGCUACGACAGGCUCUUCAAGACAAGAAAGAGCUGAAUGUAGAGGGGACAGAGGCAGAUGAAUACGAGGAUAUGGACUGCUUUUCUGCCCCACCACCUGGCGGAGAUGGUGUGGUGUAUCAAAACUUACAGAGGGAGGAAAAUGGGGCAGCGGGGCGCAGAGAGCAACACCAGUCUAUGCGGGCUGGAGUCAGGGUCACGGAGCCUGCUGUCGGUGACAGAUCUUUCGACAACCCAGGAUACUGGCACAGCAGGCUGUUUCUUAAGCCCAGUGCUGUGCCAACAUGAAGAACAUUUUAAAUCUCAUGGACUUCCCUCUCAAACACAGUCAUGAAGGAUCUGAAAUGAGAAAAGCAACCAAAAGCCACGUUAAAGAUGUAGCAUGUAACAAAAUGUACAAACCCCCCCAAACAACACGUGACUAUUUUGCAGCUUUGUCCUUUGUUAUACAUCAAAAUUGUUUUUAUUAUGUGAUACAAGCUAUAUUUUUGUGUUUACAUUGUAAAUAAAGAGAUUUCAGGUAAGAAAUUGUGACAAUAUCAUUUGAAGAAUCAUUUAAAGAUGUUUACUCAAUAAAAAUAUUUUGAAUA